UGGAGUAGGGUUGAAAUGGCUCUCCUGUGGAGUAGGGUUGAAAUGGCUCUCCUGUGGAGUAGGGUUGACAUGGCUCUCCUGUGGAGUAGGCAAACGCAGCGUUCCAUUGGAAAAUAAUGUACUUCCGGUGUACCUAAACGCAAUGACACUGUCGGUAUGAUCGAGAUGUCAGGUUGUCAACAACUGUUACCACAAGAUAGAGCUCUAGGCCUACUCCAUCUAGCAACGGUAGAAAAGUAAACAAACCAGAUCAUCAGAAUCUCAGCACAGGAGUUUGACGUCAACAGCCCUCAUCGAUUGUUCCUAUUGAAAUUCGACACGGGCUAUGCAUAUUCAUGAGGUUAUCAUCUUACUCUCCAUUCAAUUACAGGCGGUUGACGGUCAACACCCCUCAUUGAAUAUUCAAGUCAGUAUUCAAAUACCGAGAUGUAUCCACCAAUCGAAAGAGAGGAAUAGGCGGGAGUUUAACAGACUGCUGUCCCGCUCUGUGGACAACGAAUCCCAUUGUUAGGGCGGAGACAUAAGCAUCUCGUUAUUAUAUCCAGUAUCUCUGGGGUGUAUUCAUUACGUCUUGCAACGGAAACCGUUAAACGUUUAAGAAGCAAACGGAAGCGAACAGAGCAAACGCAAUGAAAGGUGGAGGGACCUAACUGAAUUUGUCCAGUAGAAACUUUCGUUUCUGUUGAAAAAUGAUUUGCAACAAAGGCAAAACAAUUCGGAACAAUUCAGAACUUUUUGCAACAGGCGCAACGUUUUGCAACAGAAUAGACGUAAUGAAUACACCCGUGGUAUAGCCUAUCUUGCGCGAAGCUCUCUUUUAACCUUUGAACUGCAAGCGAAAUCAGCUGAUUUCGUCACAUGACAUAGCUCUCUAGCUUGGACACUGUGCGCUAAGCAUAACAAUUCGGAAGAGGGAAAAAAUAACAGUGAAAUAUUAUAAAAAAGGAAUACAUUCACAUCGAUAGAAAGUAAGUCAAUCUCCUGGCUAUUACUCCUCCCCUGCCAUGCCGUGAAAGACUGGGGUGGUGAACCCUUGACCCUGAGGUGACCAGACUGUGAUUAAACCGGAGGAGGAGGAGGAGAAGACGGACAUGCACCCGUACGGCUGCGAGGCAGAGACCUCCCUACAGGAGCUGUUUGAUUUCUUCACUUGGUGUCUGCAGAAUGCAGAGUGGGAACUGGCUGGAGCCUGUGUGCCUCAGCUGUGUGACGCUGGAGGAGAAGUGUCACAACGACUACGGGACAUCAUCAAGGCCAUCAUCACCUACCCUUACCCGCUAGAAUGGGAGAGUGUGGGCAGCCCUCACAAACUGGCCUGGCUUUGGCUUCAAGUCCUGGAGAAAUGGACCAAGGAAGAGGUUUCUGUUUCAGUCAGGAGAGAACUAGAGUUCCUGCUGCUUCUAGAGGAGCUAGGAGACGAGGUGCCAGAGACAACGCUCAAGGAACUCCACCAGGCCUUCCUAACCACCCAGUCGGAGGAGAGAAAGGGAUCAGGGGUCCCAGGGGUAUCACCAGGGGCGGGCGAUGCUCAGAGUCCAGGGAUAGAGACCUGUCUCGAGGCCUUGUUGGACCAGAAGAGACCCAGAGUGGCCCAGGCUCUGGUUAGCUUCCUGGAGGACCACCCCAGGAGUGUUAACACAGGGAACCACAUCCUACAGGACACAUUCAUCAGAUACCUGAUGGAGAGAGUGGAGCAUCUUGGUCCAGGCUCAGAGAAGACGGAGGGCUGGGCGGAGGAGAUGUGUGUGGUCCUAGCCCUGAUGCCCCUGAGGUCGGAGCGAGGUGGAGGAGGCGGGGUGGAGGCCCUGUGUGAGGCCCUGUGGAGGGCCAGACACGGGCCCCUGAGAGAAGAGAGGGUCCUGAGCUCCUUGCUACGACCUCACUGCCACACCUUGCUCUCCCAUUACUGCUCUACAGCACUCAGGCUGCACAGAGACCGACUACUGAGAGAGACUCCCAGCACCCAGGUGGAUCUUCCUGAAGCGGAGAAGUUACUGCUGGGCUUGUGUUGUCAUGGGGACCGGCCUUCCGUCUGGAAAACCAUUUACUUUGAGUGCCUUAGCAGCGGCAAGCACUUCCUUGAACGGGUCCUGGUGACUGCUCUGGACCUGGUGAAGAGGGAGGAGUUCUGUAGGCUAGAGGACCUGCUGAAGGGGGAGUUCCAGCCUCUGUCUCGCCUCCUGCUACUCCUGGGGUGGACCCAGUGCCAAAGCCUGCUCUCAGCUCAGACCCUGCUACGCCUCCUACACCACGACCAGGCGCUGGCCAACGACUCUGUUCUGAGAGAGUUUGCCAACGGUCUGUCUUCUCAAUUGAGAGUGCUGGAGUGGUGUGUUGAGAACAACCCAGGGAUCCCCAAGGAGGCGUUGCUUGGCCAGCUGCACACACUGGACAGUCACUCAGCCUUGUACGUCCUUCACUGUCUCACCCCUCUGGCCCAGAAUGAGGAACACAUGGUACUGGACCUGCUGAAUACACAGACCAAAUCUAGCGGAGCAGAUGAGUUCAGUGUGGUGGUAGACAGCCCCAGUCCUAUGGUCCAGAGAAAUCUGGUUCUGUACAGGGGGUUCUGCGCUAUGAAAUACGCCCUGUACGCCAUGUGUAUCACCGCUCACAAGUACAGUGGCUGCUCCGACUGUGGCACCGCGCAGUCCACACCUGAGGCUGAGAAGGACCAGAGCCAGGCCUCAACCCCGCUCCAAGACUGUCCUCCCCUGUUCCAGCUCUACCUGUCUGAGUGUCAGAUCUACCUGGAGGCAGUACCUGCUAUGUUCCGUCUGGAACUACUGGAGAACAUCUUCUCUCUGCUCUUCCUGUCCAUCGCCGAUUUUACCCUCCACAACCAUCAGGGGGCGACGACGAGCACAGGCCAGACAGAACACUCCGAAGGGAAGAACAGAAAAGGACAACAGGAAGGGAAGAAGAGAGGAGACGGACAGGAGGAGAAAGAAAGCUCGAACAAAGCCGAAGUAGUUGGAAGAGGAGAAGAGGAUCAAGGCAAAAUGACAAAAGAGAACCAUCACCAACCUCCCAACUUCCCCUUCUCAGCGUCCCAACGGAGUCACCUUGAUCUGGGCCACUUGACGGCAGGCUGCAGGGGCUUCCUAGUGGACCUCGGGGCCAUGGAGGGGUUCCUGCGGCUGCUGAGAGAGAGUCUGGAAGGGGUGGUGGUAGUGGGUCAACGGGCGGGGCAGGAGGAGGGCAGGGCUCUGGCCGGGGAGGCAGAGGCGGCAGAGAGUCUGGGCUGCUCUGUGACGGCAGAGACUUUCGGGGCCCGGCUGCAGAGACUGUCCAAGAGGACGGCCGAAGCCCAGUGGAGACUUCAGAUUAUCACUUCUAACCAGGACAGCGGCAACGUCUCAGACCCCCCCACCCAGCCCCAGGCGUCUCCAGCAGCCAGUCCUGCCUCCUGUCUAAAAGGAAGAAGCAGCAGUACUGGGGUCAGGAGGAGGAAAAGGCCUAGACGACAACACUCUGACAGACAACCCUCCACAGAGAUACACAAGGGAGAGGUCAGCGCCAGCCCCUCAGAUGGAAGUGGAGGAGCCGGGCGGUCGGAGUGGGAGGUGUGCCCCUGUGGAAGUAUGGGUAGCUGGGUAGUUCCGGCCAUGCUGUCUCCACCUGAGUCCCUGCUCAUGGCCUGCAUCCGCCGAGGAAACUACAUGGAAGCACACCAGGUGUCUCUGAUGUUUGGCCUGGAGGGGUCAUGGUGCUUUGGGGAACUGGUCUUCAUGGAGCGUUACCGGGAAGUCCUGGAGGAGCUGGGUCGCGUGGAGCAGAAGAUGGAGACCCACUCUUUAUCUUCAUCCUCCUCUUCCUCAGAGGGCCUGGGAGCGACGGCCGUGGCGCCCGCCCCGGGGCGUAGUCGCCUGGGAAGUAGUGGGCGCUCCACCCUGCAGGCCAUCGGGAGUGCUGCCGCUGCAGGCAUGGCUUUCUAUUCCGUCUCUGACGUGGCAGACCGUCUCCUUUCCACCCCUGGUCGCCCCGUUCCGUCCCUGGAGGAGGGCUACUGGCUGGGCCGCUGUGUCCUGGACCCCCCAGGGACAGGCCUCCUGCACACCCUCCUGGAGGAGCUCAGCCCCCCUGCCAUGGCUGCCUUCGACCUGGCCUGCUGUCACUGCCAGCUGUGGAAGACCUCCAGACAGCUGCUGGACACAGCAGAGAGACGGCUACACAGCAGUCUGGAGGGAAGAGGACUGAGGGUGGAACCCAAGGUGAAACACUCUGAGGGUAUCCGAGGGUUUCCUGCGAUGCUCCAACAGAUGGGGAAGAUCCUCAACCACACAGCCAGUCAUAGUGGCAACAAGGGCCCCGCCAAGACAGAAUCCAUUGUGGAGGACCACGUUGUGUCCAGUCCUUUAGGCUGCUGUAUACAGGAAGUGUUGCUGUGCUGCCACCCUGUGCUGAGUGAGGAGGGCAUCGCUACCCGACUGAGCCUGGCACAGCACCUAGAGAUCACCUUGCUGACCCUGUCCACCGCUACAGAAACCGCAGUGGAGAGUCCUGCUGGUGCCCUCCUAACAGCCCUGGUAGAGCAGGCCAGUCUGAAACAGUCGGAGUUGGAAUCCCACCCGGUGCGUUCCUCCAUGAAGCAGCUGCUGCGGUCGAUGGACCAGCUGUGUCCCUUCGAGCCCCAGGGCUCCCCUUGCAGGCCAGACUACAUGAGGAGCUUCGUGGACUACGUCAACACGCUGGCUUCGGUGUUAAUACGCAGCCUGGGAUCUGAAGACCAAAACAGUGAGGUGAAGUUGGGGAAUCCACUCCUGGUUCUCCUCCAGGCCCCAUCUCAGCUGCUCUCUCACCUGCUGUUUGAUAGACAGGUGGCUCCUGACAGAGUUUUGUCUCUGUUGCAGCAGGAGGGUCUGCGUCUGAGUGUCCAGCAGGUGAUCGUGCAGCGCUGCUGUGAGGCUCUGCCUUUGUGGGACUGGUGCCCCGAACCAGAGAGGGAAGCUAGCUCCAGGGGAGAGGCUGGUUCUGGGGGAGAGGCUGGUUCUGGGGGAGAGGCUGGUUCUGGGGGAGAGGCUGGGCAAGGACAGACCGGACCAGGGGAAGGGGUGUUUAGGACUGCCAGCCUGGCAGCCCUGCUACAGCUACAGACUCAGGAACACAUGUCAAUGCUGGGCAUCACUGAGCCACAGUCCCAGUCCCCCAGCUCUGAAUCUGGAGCCUCUCCCUCGCUGGAGGACCUCCGAGCAACUACACCUCCCGUCCUCAUCUUGUCCUCUUCUCUUUCACCUCCACGACCAACUUCCUCUUCCUCCUCUUUUCUCCUCACACCAUCAGCCCUGUCUUUCCUCAAAUCCCGCUCCCCUCUCCUGGCCACCGUUGCCUGUCUAAGUGCCAGUCCACGAGGUGCUGCCCGGGUACAGCCGUCCGGUUGGCUGGUGUUCCGGGGCGGGGGGCGUAAAGAGUGUGUGCUGGACGGGGAGCAGAUCUCCAGGGAGGGGGAAAGCCUGCUUAGAGACUUCCCCAUCCUGAGGGCCUACCUGGGGGCCAUGGUUCAGCCCGUCCUGGGUACUUCGCCGGGGGCUGGGGAGGAUGGAGCCGGUGGCGGAGAUGCUGGAGGUCUUGGGGCAGCCCUAUGUGGGAAGCCCCUGGUGGUUUUACUCCUGUCGGGCCCUCAGGGGACACCUGCCCAGGCUGUGGUUAUGGAAGCCUUCCAGCAGGCCCUGGCCUCUCGGGACCUGGGCAGGGCUCUGAGCCUGCUGGAGCUGUAUGGACAGGGCUGCAGCCAGGAGAGGGUGCUCCGAGACAGACUACUAGCCUGGGCUGCUCUGGAGGAUGGCGAAGACAGCAUAGGCCAGUUGUUCAGAGUACAGGACCCAUGUCUGAGGGCCCGUGUGGCCUUACAGGCCCUGGAGCGCUGGCCCCUCGGGCCCUCUCUGGAGCUGAUGGAGUUCUGCCUCAACAACCCCCACAUGGAGGCCUCUCUCAGGGGAGAGCUGGAGCUCAGGAAGACGGAGCUGGACAUCUACCAACGGAUGUUGAACCUGCUGCCUUCGUUGCCGUGGGCCACCUGGCAGGAGCUGAGGACAGAGUCCAGGAGAGACCCUGAGUCCAUGUUUUCUAGGAUGUUGGAAGCCAGGGAGUUUUCUCUGUGUGCCCAGUGGAUGGCGCUGUACUCUGUGUCAGACCAGCUCAGAUUACAGCUGCAGACUGAACACCUGCUACACCUGCUGGAGAAAGGACAGACUGACAACGCUUUCCAGCUGCUGGAGGGCCUAUCAGACUUAACCUUGGGUCUGGAGGUGUGUGAGCGCGCUCUGGACCGCCGGCCCGGAUUGGCUGCCUGCCACUUCCUGGCUAACUACCUCACUCUCCACUUCCAGUGCCAAGUAUCCCCCGCCCGCCGACGCCACAUCCACGACCUUCACCUGGGAUCCAAGGUCCUCCUCACCCUCCCCCCUGGCGCCAGACAGGACUACUUCCCCCUCCUCUCCGAGCCACUAUUAAUGCUGGAACAGCUCCUGAUGAACCUGAAGGUGGACUGGGCUGAAGUGGCGGUGAGGACGUUACAGAACCUACUAUUAGGCCGGGAGGACGGCUUCACCACCCACGACAUAGACAAACUACUCUCCAACUACGCCUGCAAGGCCCUGGACUUCCCCUACGCACCCAGGGAGAAGUCUCGCUCCGAUUCUGUGAUCAGUCUCCAGGAUGACCAGUGUCCAGCCCAGGACAGCUGUCCAUCCACCCCCUCUAGGAUGGGAACACCUCCACCUACUGCAGGUAGUACCCCCAUGCACACCUCGUCCUCCAGCAGUUCCCUGGACAGAGGGUCGACCGGCAGGAGAAUCCAGCGCUCCCCCGAUCAGUUCCAGCCCCCAGACAGAGCCCCGGUUCGUAAGGACUGGGUCCCAGACAACCAGCAGCAUGUCUGCAUGGUCUGCCAGCGAGAACGCUUCACCAUGUUCAACAGGCGUCACCACUGCAGGAGGUGUGGUCGUCUGGUGUGCCAUGCCUGCUCCGACCACAAGAUGGCGGUAGAGGGCUGCACUGAGGAGGAGAAGGAAGUGCGUGUGUGUGACCAGUGUUACAGCCACUUCCAUCCAGAUUCUGAUGACACGCUGGAACAAGCUGAAGUUGCAGGUAGUCCUAUGUCAACAGAGGGAGUGUUAGAUUCAAUGCUUCACCUGCCAGAGGUCACUCACCGUCAGUUUCACCUCAGCACCAACCCUACAGACAACCUGCAACUACAGACAGAGUUCUACUAUGAACAGGCUCCCAGUGCGUCUCUAUGUGUGGCCAUCCUGUCCCUCCAUAGCGACCAGACAGCCUGUGGACACCAGCUAAUUGGACACUGCCGCUCACUGUCCCGUAAACUAACCAAUCCCGAGGUUGACGCCCGCCUCCUCACCGACGUCAUGCGCCAGCUUCUGUUCAGCGCCAAACUGAUGUUCGUCAAGGUGGGCCGCAGCCAGGACCUGGCCCUGUGUGACAGCUACAUCAGUAAAGUAGACGUCCUGAAGAUCCUGGUAACGGCCAACUACAAGUACAUCCCCUGUCUGGAUGACAUCCUGGAGACGGCUGCUGUCACACGGCUACGCAACCAGCUACUGGAGGCAGAGUACUACCAGCUAGCUGUGGAGGUGUCCACUAAGAGUGGUCUGGACCCAGGCGGUGUGUGGCAGGCGUGGGGAAUGGCCUCCCUCAAGGCAGGGAACUUGACUGUUGCUAGGGAGAAGUUAUGUCGCUGUCUGAAAGCUCCGGUGGACAGAAACCAGCUCAACCUGGGUCCUCGGCUGCUGCAGGAGAUAGUCUCUCAUCUGGAGAGCACCGUCAGAUCCACGCUGGCCACGUCUUUCAGCGAGGACAUCCUGUGGUCUCUGAGGGAGCUUGAGGAAGCUCUUUGUGAGCCUGGAGGAUCAGUGGACUGGCCAGAGGGGGUUCAGGGUCAGGGCAACAGCCUAUAUCAAGAGAGUUUGUACUACCUGUCCAGCUACGGGACUCACCUGGCCCUGGUCUCCUUCCUGAUGAGACACGACAACAUGAAGGACGCCCUGCAGCACCUACUCAGCAAGGAAUGUCCAGAGGAGGUGUUCCUGGAGGGCGUAUUGCAGCCUAGUCUGGAGAGGGGUCGUCUGGGGAUGCUGCAGGGGUUACUGGAGACCCUAGAUCCAGGCCUGGAGGUCUGUAGCCGAUACCUCCUCUCCUCCUGUCAACUGCUGCAGCGACGGGGACACUUCCACACACUAUACCAGCUACAGCAGUUCAUGAUGGACCACGUACGAGCGGCCAUGACGUGUAUCCGGUUCUUCACCCACGGUGUCGUGUCCUACGUACAGCUGGGAGACCAGCGGAGAUGGCUGGUUCGGGCCAAGGAGCACCUCAGAACCUACCUUCAGGAGCAACAGGGAACACGUACCAACAGCACUAACAGGAAGAAGAGCACCUCUAACUCCUUCAGAAAGAAGAUGUCUUCUAGUGAUGUGUCCAGACACAUGAACACGAUAGAGCUCCAGCUGGAGGUGACUCGGUUCCUGCAUCACUGUGAAACAUCCAGCUCCGCCCUCACCCCCUCUGCCUCCUCCAGCACUCCUCCCACUCUGUUCGGCCCCAGCGCUAUGAAGAUCGAUGUAGCCUGCAAGGUGAUGUUGGGAGGAAAGAACAUCGAAGAGGGGUUUGGUAUCGCAUACCGAGUCAUACAGGACUUCCAGCUGGAAGCCUUGACGGUAUACGUGCGUGCGGGCCAGAGGCUUGUGCGCCAGCGUCAGUACCGGGCCGUGCGCCAGCUGCUGAAGUGCGUGGGCGAGUCGGGCACCGCCACCAAGAACGACUGUGAUGUCAUCAUACUCAGCUGCGUCUCCAUCGCAGAUAAGGGCCCCACAGACGCCAAGGAGUUGGAGUGUCUCAUUCUGGAGACAAAGAGCACAGAGAACAAGAUUAAGGCCUACCUGCAGGUGAGUAAACUGCGAGCGGCCUAUCUCCUAGCUGUAAAGCUGGAUACAACCAGGGCCGGGCCGCUGGUUCAGGAAGUCCUCCAGACAGCGGAGGGCGUCGGAGACUCUGUCAUGCAGGACAUCUGUUGCCAGUGGCUGUCUGAGCACAAGGACAGGGACAGAAAGACGCCGCCUCCUACAAAACAAGGCCGACCCAACGCCAAGUAAACCCACGAGGGAGAGGGGAUCAUGGGCCGUGUUCGUUACGCACCAAACGGACUGAACCAGGAAGGGACUACCAGGCCUCGUCUAAUCAGAAAUGCUCGUUUUAGUUCUCUGUUGCAAAAAAAAAAAAACUAUAACAACAUUUUCUAUUUGUUGUGUGCCCCUAAUGAACACGACCCGGGCGUAACCGUUGUUCUGGAGACACCUAGUUCAGGCUACAAGAUGGGGAACCAGACAUCAUCAGGGAAUAACAGAUCGCACUUCAACUAGAAACGCCACGAGUGGAACAAGAAGACACCUUGCCUGGACUCUGUGACUGACUUCCUCUUCCUCACUGAAAGUAGUGAAACACCGUUGUGCCGACUGUCUCAUCUGGAGGGUUGACUGACUACAGCCAGACAACACUGUCUCUCUCUCUCUCAUCUGGAGGGUUGACUGAUGACAGCCAGACAACACUCUCUCUCAUCUGGAGGGUUGACUGACUACAGCCAGACAACACUGUCUCUCUCUCUCUCCUCUGGAGAGUUGACUGACUACAGCCAGACAACACUCUCUCUCAUCUGGAGAGUUGACUGACUACAGCCAGACAACACUCUCUCUCAUCUGGAGAGUUGACUGACUACAGCCAGACAACACUCUCUCUCAUCUGGAGAGUUGACUGACUACAGCCAGACAACACUCUCUCUCAUCUGGAGGGUUGACUGACUAUAGCCAGACAACACUGUCUCUCUCUCUCACUCUCUCAUCUGGAGAGUUGCCUGACUAUAGCCAGACAACACUGUCUCUCUCUCUCUCUCAUCUGGAGAGUUGCCUGACUAUAGCCAGACAACACUGUCUCUCUCUCUCUCAUCUGGAGAGUUGCCUGACUAUAGCCAGACAACACUGUCUCUCUCUCUCUCAUCUGGAGAGUUGCCUGACGACAGCCAGACAACACUGGGAUGAAUCUAACCACGCUGAAUUGUGAGUUGUUGACCACUUUAUCUAGUAAAACUGACAUCUGGGAUAAGCACAGAAGAUACACAUACCAGAGUAAUAUCACAAGCAGUAGUGGUGUACCAUAGUUCUUGAGUUGUAUCUCCUACCUCAGUUAAAAAGGGAUCUAUCUUUUGUUUUCACCAACCUUCAAGCCUAGUAAUAUAUUUCUUUGUGACAAAAUAAACAACUUGCCGUAAUGUAAAUAAUUCCUAACCCCCCCCCCCAUUUUUUUACAAUUUUUUUUCUUCUCUUUGUCGUUAGUUAGAAAGAAUGUAAAGACGAAAACAAGUGUUGGUAUUACAAGCCUGUCAAGAUCUUUAAAGAAGAUUAUAUAUAUAUAUAUAUAUAUAUAUACACACACACAAGUGUAGAUUAUAUUGAUGAUUUAAGAGUUUCUGCACUUUUUUGAAAGUCAAAGGAGUGGGGUUUUCAUUAGAAGGGGAUGUCUGUUACUGUCUAUCAUCUCGACCUGCCACUAGUCAACCCCCUUCAAAUAUCUGCCCAAGGAGCUAUUUCCUAGCCUGAAAUCCAGACCUGUUUUUUUUUUUAUUUUUGUUGCUAACAUUCCACUUCUAGUGCUCGGCAAGGACACAGAGUGGCAAGUGGAACGUCAUACACAAACGGACUGGUACCCAUGCUAGACAUUUCCUGAAUCUCUCUUGCUUUUUCCCCUCAGAGGAAAGCAACGGAACACCAAAGUCCCCGAAAGGGCUUGUAAAGAAUCACUAGAAUUAAAGAUGAGCUUUAUAUAGAAUACAAACGAACGAAAACUUGGAACGAGUUGGAUUUAGUGAGGGUCUCUCUCUCUCUCUCUCUCUCUCUCUCUCUCUCUCUCUCUCGCUCUCGCUCUCUCUCUCUCUCUCUCAGGACUUUAAACACCGUUUCGAUUCUAGAUCAUGAGAUAAAGAGGUGGUACCUUAAUGUUACAGGUCAAUAUUAGUGUCUCCUUAAAGCCUAUCAUAGCUGUCUGUUUCAUAUGUGUGUUUUUUUAUGGUAUCUGUCUUUGACCCGGGAACUACGUUGCUGUGACCAUGUUUUGUAUAUUUGUAGGUCCCAAAUGGCACCCUAUUCCCUACGGUGCACUACGAGGCCCUAGUUUAGCAGUAGUGCACUGAAUAGGGUGCCGUUUGGGACACGGACCCUUUGACCUCUGACCUCCCGUGUGUCCUAUGCGAGGGUCAGAUGUGUUUAAUGGGCCUUCUGUCGGUGUAUAAAAACGCGUACUUUAAUCAAUCGAGAGAUGUCGCAUUAGAAAAGGGAUUUUUGUUGGCCGUAUUUGUUAUAGUCAUGUUCAAUUUAACAACAUAUUCAUUGUCUAAAUGUAACUCUUUUGUUUACAUAAUUGCCCGUUUUUUUUUUUCUCACUUUAAUAGCAAUCCCAGAGAUUACACCAUAAUGUUUAUUUUUCUCACUUUAAUCCCUCAGAUUACACCGUAAUAAACAUUUUUAUUUCUCACUUUAAUCCCUCAGAUUACACAUAAUACAUUUUUUUAUUUCUCACUUUAAUCCCUCAGAUUACACCAUAAUGUUUAUUUUUCUCACUUUAAUCCCUCAGAUUACACGUAAUACAUUUUUUUAUUUCUCACUUUAAUCCCUCAGAUUACACCGUAAUAAACAUUUAUUUCUCACUUUAAUCCCUCAGAUUACACCAUGUUUAUUUCUCACUUUAAUCCCAGAGAUUACACCAUAAUGUUUAUAUUUCUCACUUUAAUCCCUCAGAUUACACGUAAUAAACAUUUUUAUUUCUCA